UCUUAAUGUUUUGGAUAUUUUUUUUUCUCUUUCUAGCCCCUCCUUUCCUUCCAUCGCUGCACCACCGCCGCCACCGCCAGGUUCGCGUCGCCGACGUGCCCUACGCCGCUGCUGUUCGUCGCCCGGUCUCUAGUUUGGCUGACUUCUCGCCGCAGCCGGUCACAUCACGCGUCCUUAUCACACGCUGCUCUUCAAUCUCCUCCUCCCGCCGCCGCCGCCGCCGCCGUCAUCCGCCUCCCCAGAAGCUGCAUCUCUAGUCCGGAGGACGCAAUUUGGAGCAAUUCAAGAAGUCCUGAUAGGAAAAAGGACUCCCAUUAUCUUAACGAUUUUCUAUAGGAGGGCGCAAUUUGGAGCAAUUCAAGAAGUCCUGAUAGGAAAAGGAAGGGAAUAAAAAGAGUCCAGGUUCCUCUUGCUCGUACCAGGGCCAUCGCAAUCCUUUUUAUGCCUAGUCGAAUUUUCCGAAAUUGAGGUCAAAAUUCAAGUACAAAAACAGAUAGUAGUAGAUAGGAGAGAAAUAGUGAUCUGAAGGAGGGGAAACGGAAGUGAUUUCUCGGUGAGAUCUGACGAAGAAGAGUCGUCGUCGACCUACUAGUUCCACAUGCCUGCGAAACGCAACCAGAAGCGGCGCCGCCGCCAAAUCAGAGCCCAGAAUGAACUGAUUAGGUGGUGUAAAAGAAAGGGAUCACCUUGUCAGCAUGGUGAUUCUCGAGCUGUCAAAACAAUGAGACGUUCUACCCCAUACCCAUGCCUUCCUGAGGACAUCUGGCAUCAUAUACAUUCCCUAAUGCCAAUGCGUGAUGCUGCCCGUGCUGCUUGUUUGUCUAGAACCUUUUUACAGUCCUGGAGAAGUCAUCCCAAUCUCAUUUUAAAUAAGGAUACAAUUGGCUUGAAUGCGAGUGCUUGUGGAGGGAAUUUCAGCCGCAAAGUUGACCAUAUUAUGAGGAACCACUCAGGCAUUGGCGUGAAAAUAUUCAGGCUUGAAUACCUUGGCGUCGUGGGGUUUGAUGCCAGUCGCUAUCUUGACAGUUGGCUUCAGGUGGUUGUUAAGCCAGGGAUUGAAGAGCUGACCCUUGUGUUGUGUAAAACCAAGAGAGAGUACAAUUUCCCAUGCUCACUUUUAUCUGAUGGGAUUCAAAAUUCAAUUAGGUACCUCAGACUCGAUUGGUGUGCCCUUCGUCCCACUGCUGAACUCGGCCCCUUGCAAAGCCUUACAAGCCUGCGUCUGCGUUCGGUGAGUAUCAGGGGGGAAGAAUUGCAGUGUCUUCUUUCCAAUUCUCCUGCGUUGGAGCAGUUGCGCAUUUCUAGUUGCACGGAGAUAGUUUGCUUGAAGAUACCUUGCUCCCUGCAGAAGCUCAGCAACCUUACUGUUAUUGGAUGUGACAGCCUGAAAGUAUUAGAGAACAAAGCUCCAAAUCUCUCCAGUUUUUUUGUUUCUGGAUGCUCUAACCUGAGAAUAUUAGAGAAUAAAACUCCAAAUCUCUCCAGUUUUUUCUGUAGAGGAGUCGGGGCAAAGCUCUCACUUGGAGAAACACUGAAAAUGAAGAAGCUAGGCAUGGGCCGUGCGAAUGCUGUGCAUUAUGCUCGUGCUGAGCUGCCUUCCAUUAUGCCAAAUCUUGAAACUCUUAACAUACGUUCAGGACCUGAGGCGGUAAAUACACCAGUGCUGCCUACCAAAUUCCUCUACCUCAAGCACCUGAGCAUUAGUUUGAUAGCAGUAUCGACACUUUCCCCGUCCUAUGAUUAUUUUUCUCUGGUUUCUUUCCUUGACGCUUCUCCUUCGUUGGAAACUUUUAUCUUGGAUGUGCAGCAGCGAAGCAUGGAGCAUGAAUCGGUUUUUGCAAAAUCCUCGGGUUUGAGGCAAAUUCCUGAAAACCGCCAUGACAGCCUCAAGACUGUGAAGAUCUCUGGUUUCUGCUCUGCAAAGAGCUUGGUUGAGCUAACUUGUUAUAUUCUGAAGAACGUGGUGUCACUCGAGUCUCUUACAUUGGACACCAUUCAUGGUGAUUGUAGGUGUUACCUAAAAACUUCUCCAUUUUGUAAUCACAUAGAGGAGGAUAUUCUCAUGGAAGCCCCUAGAGCGCUCUCAGCUAUUAGGAGGUACAUUGAAAAGAUAGUCCCAACUACAGUUAAGUUAACUGUUCUGGAGCCCUGCAGUAGGUGCCAUGCAAAAGGUUUACAGCGUAUAUCAUGCUAAUUAUGCUGUGUCUCAUCAUGUGGGGCCUUCAGUAUCAGCGCCGUCGCCGGGAAAAGAAAAAACAGGCAAACACCACAGGAACUAAGAUGGCGCAGGAUUAGUUUGGAUAAGUUAGCUUCAGAUUUAUCUCUUUAGUUUCAGUGUCUAUCUAGUAAGCUUGUUACUAUACAUUCUUAAUUGACAUUCUUGUGGCUGGCUCGAGCAUCAUAUAUAGACAUAUAGGCAGAGGUGUAAACAAGCCUGUCUAUUUCAGUGCUCACGUCAUAUCAUAUUAAAUCCUUAGUUUUCGUAACCCACUUCCGGUGAACCACAGCACAGCUAGCCUUUGCUACAGGGUAACAGUACCAGCGUAUGCAUGCACCGUGCGAUCUCGCCAUCUUGAUUCCAUCCGGCCGUCCAUCAGCACGUUGUGGCUCCGAAAGAUUCUCUCUCCCAUUCCCCAUUCCCCACCUUUCCCCACCCAUGCUACUCCCAAAUCCCCAAUCCCCAUCCCAAAAUCCUCGCCACCUCCGCCCCAAAAAUCCUCGCCGCCGACCGGCGCCGCCGUCUUCUCGCGGAGCAAGCAGCGAGCACUACAGCCUCCAUGUCGCCGAGCCAGCCAGCCAACAUUGUCGUCUUCUCGCCUUACUUGCCGGCGACCCCGUGUCGCUUCGUCAUCGUCGAGCCAGCUGUGCCGCUCCCUUCCCUUGGAGCCACUGUUCUGCGCCACCCCCUGUGGAGCCAACAUCCGCCGUCGUCUUCUCGUGGAGCCAAUGGUCAGCACUGCCACCAAACAUCUCGUCCAUGGCCAUCUCCUCGCUUCCUGUGACUGCUGCUUGUCGGCUCCUCCACACCUCUCCAAUUGUAGGUAUUUUACUACUCAGAUUACCUUUGCUUUGCUCUCUAUAUAGGUAUGAUUCCUACUAAUCCAUAAAUAUUUCUUCUGAUAUGUUUGCUACCUGUACAAUCGGCCUAAAAUGCAAACAACAAUAAGGUUAUCCUAUUUCUUUCAUAAUACAUGAUUCCCCAUUGUUUCAGGGAUGCAUGAUAGUUUUAUAUAUAUUGCUGGGAUUCCAUUUGUUUAACAGCAAUGUGGUUAUAGCACAUAUUUUCAUUUUUUUACACACAGCAAAAUAGCAUGCACAAAGAGAUAUUGGCCUGAUUUUUUUCCCUAUGUAAUUGUACGAUGUGACCAUAUACCUAUGGUUAGUGCAGGAUGCCACAAAACAAUGCACCAUGAAGGGUAAACCUAUAAAAAAUCAUUGUGCUACUUGUCCGAUUGCACAUGUUCUAUUUGUGCAUGCAUAGGAAUAAUUAGUUACUGCUUUGGUGUACAUAAGAUUGUUUUUUUUGCUACCUGCUUCAGUGUUCCUAAUUGGCUUCAUGGCGAUACAAAUGAGAAGAAUGAAGUGUUGAUUCAAGCUAGAAGAUAAUUUACUAUUUCAUAGAUAAUCUUGAUGUUUAGUACAGAAGGCACACAAUUCAACUUGAUCGCAACCGCUUGCUGUAGUAUGAUGCCAUGAUUGCUUACAUUACAAGGCCUAUGUAUGGACUGUCAGGUUCAUGGUCUUCAGUGAGUGAUAUAUUUGUUGAACUGCAUGUGUAACACCUUGCUUUUGUAGGUUCCAUGGCUUUGCAUAUGCUUUUGUAGCAUUUAUGGGAUGAUGAGGGCCUUCAUUUGAGUGAAUACACAUAAGUUGAUGGCAUUUCUUCAUUUUGCAUAGUACAAACUCUGCUGUUAUGUGCAAAUGAGGCCAUAUGAACAGUUUAUCACCAUGAGGCUUCAAUUCAUAAUAACCAUCAAGGUAAUAAUUAAAUUUGUUCUAACAUUUCUGCAUUUUCUUUCAGUAACUGAUGUUUAUCAGCAAGGGAGUAAACUACCGCAAGUCUUCCAAGUUCUUCUAUCUGAAGAAAAGAACACAUUUAUCCGCGGUAGCACCAUUUGUAAUUAUGAGCACAAAUUAUAUUCAAAUUAUUUUAGCAAUUGUUUAAUUUCUUUGGGAUAGCUCAGUUAUUAAUUUUGAAAAAGGAUGAAUGUCAUGUGUGCAUCCUUGCUGUUUAUCCAGUGAUUGGUCAUAAUGCAUAUGUUGACUUUACAGAAAGAUCCUUAACACUGUUA